GUAGGGGGCAAAAUCAGAAAUGACGAUAAAGAAAGGAAAAGGACAAAAGCUGAACGGGGAGACUGGAUCGGGGGUUGAGAGCUGAGAGAGACGGCAUGGAUUUUUAGGGCGGAUUAGGAUAGGAGAAAGGGAGGGGAAGUGGUCCGGUCCUUCUUUUGCUCCUUGAGUUGAAUCGAAAUACAGAGCGAGAGAAAGAAGCACAGCUUUGCGGAGUGAUCGCCGGUCGUCGGCAUCUACCGCCAGCUGCCUGUGUCUCUCCUCUCUUUGGUGGAUUACGGACAGUUCAGCCAUCCUUCCGGCCAGGAAACACCAAUUGAACUCUAUCAUCUUCGUCUCUGCCUGAGCUUGCUUGUGCCCGGAGACAACCCCAUCGCUUGCUGCUCGGAAAUUCAAGUUCCUUCCUUCGCGCUGAUUUAUGAAUCAUGCUUGAGCUGCUAUGCCAGUAGCCUUUAUCUUCAAUUUUGUGUAACUGCUGGUCCAGUGAGUAUGAAGUUGGAUAUCAGGAACUUGCUUUGUUUGAGGUUUAUGGCUAGUCAGGUACAUCCAAUGAUUCUAACAAAGCAAUACCGAUGUAUACACUCGUCAAGCUGUCAAUGCACAAAAGGGCAUCUAAGUGAAGACGUUAUAUUUUUAGUCUUUCAACAGCUGAACUGGAACCCCAAGUUGAUAGCUGCUCUAUCAUGUUCGUGCAAGUGGUUUGAUGAUCUUGCCAAGCGAGUAUUGUGGAAAGAGUUCUGCAAGACAAGGGCUCCAAAGAUGAUGGUUGAUCUACAAUCAAGUGGAAGUCACAGUGUUGAUGGAAACUGGAGGGCACUUGGGAAGUUGCUCAUCUACUGUUCAGGAUGUACCAGGGGUGGUCUAUUCAAUAACAUUCAGAUACCUGGCCAUUUUGUUCACAGGACUCGCUUUUCUAGAACUUCUGGGAAAUCCUUUCUUCUGCCUCAAUGUAGAACUGAUGUUCUAUAUGUUUCGGACCCAUGUGAGCAUCUAGACCAAGGGGAUGAAGGGGACAUAGGGUUUUUUAGAGGGAUUUUCAAGUCAUUCUCAAUGUCAAGAGUCAGGAAGAUGCUGAUACAAAAAAGGGCCCCACUGCACCCUACACAUGUGUGUCCAUAUUGUAAGGCGAAGCUUUGGAACAUGCUUCAAGCAAAGAUGGUACCAACAAGUGCAAGCUGCAGAUUGGGUUCCUAUGAUGAUUGCAUUGAGUAUUAUGUGUGCCUUAAUGGUCAUAUGUUGGGAAUAUGUACCCUCUUACCCUUGUCAGAGUCGGAAGAGGUAUCCGAGAUCGAGUGAUAGUUAGAUUGGAACCCAGCAUGGAUGACGAUUCACUGAAUGGAGACAAUGGACAUGAAUCCAAAAUGAUAUGCUUUCUCUAUCUGCCACUGCUAUUGUAAAGCUUGCUCCGCUGCUGCUGCAUCUCGCCUGAAAGUUUGAAGCAUUUGGCCUUUUAUAGGCGUUACUGACCAUCCUUGUUUGUUGUGGUAGUAUUACUUACAAGUGAUGUUGUAACUUGUCUGUACACAUCAUAUUGUUAGAAUUGCAGAUAAGUGUAUCUGCAACGAUUCAUCCAAAACUGCGUGUGAUUAAACCGGUCUGUAUUAAAUGAUCACCUU